CGGGGCUAGGGCUGUCCCUGGUCCCUGGUGCCGCCUCCAUCUGGGUCUCCACCUCCCGGACCUGCGGCAUUGGUGAGGUCCGGAGCGCGGCUUCCCCACGGGCGGCGCGAUGGGUUGCGGGAACUCCACUGCCACCAGCGGGGGCGCGAGCCGAGGUCCAACGGGAGCAGCUAAAGAUGCGACAGAAGACUCAAUAACGGACGAAGAGAAGAGGAGAAACUAUGGUGGAGUGUACGUUGGUCUGCCUUCUGAAGCUGCCAAUAUGGUGUCUAGUCAAGCAAAGACAGUACGGAAAAAUUAGAGGAAGAUAACAUGAUAUCUGGACAGUCAAGAGCCUGCACAUGAAUUUGGAAGGAAUUUGGCUCCGGGGACAUUGUAUCUUCAAACAAAUCCUGCAAGAUUGUCCCCUGCUGUGCCACCUCUCCCAAAUCCUUAGUGUGUAGUGAAAGCCAUGGGUACACACUGUGCGUUGUGGCAGCAGAAGGAAACUGGUGGACUUGGUGCUCACUGGGGGGACUCCGCGUCACCACCAGUGAGGGAGCCUAAGGCUGUUGCCACCCAGCCUGGGCCACCAUUCCACCCAGUUCACACAAGUCAUGUCUUUUCACUGAUACUCUUUUGAUAGUUUUUAUAUAACGCAAUCCUUACUGUAUUUAUAACCUGGUAUUAGAGUAUAAAGGAAUUACCUGAAGUAAUCUAUCGUCUCUUGUCCUUUGACAUUUCUCCUUCGUCCUUUUUUUCAGCUGUGAAGUUGGCAAUAGAGUCUCACAACUCUCCCUCUCUCACUAGUCAGUUUAAAACCUUCAUUUAAAUGUAAGCGAUUCCCUCCGUUGAGGACAUUGCAAGUAUUUGAAAAUGAACCAGUUAAAUGUGCAUGCUCCUCUCACAGGUGGGCAUUUAAUUCCCGUUUUCUUUAGUCAGAGGCUCCCAUGGCUCCAGAAGUCCCGCAGCUGCCCAGUUGCCCGUUCUCCCCUUGUGUAAUUAGAGCAUCUCAUCGUGUUGAUUCCGUACUGUCGCUUAGGACUACGGUUGAUGUUUAGUGGGAUAUCUGGAAAGUUCCGAAUUUGCUAACAACGUGCACACCUACUUAGGACUGCAGUGUAAGCAACCGGGUUCACCAGCGUAUUUCAACCAUUAAAUAUUUUUAUCCCCCUU